AUGGACCAAAUGAAUGUUGAAUUUAAUGUCACAUAUCUAACCUUUAGUGGCCAUGUGGAAUUGCACAGAUUCAGAUAUCUGUAUUUUCUGGUCAUGUUUAUUGUGUAUGUUCUGAUACUCUGCAGUAAUUCCAUUAUCUUGUGCAUCAUCUGGGUUCAUAAAAGCCUCCAUGAGCCCAUGUAUAUUUUCAUUGCAGCUUUGUUACUAAACUCCAUUCUUUUCAGCACCAAUAUCUACCCGAAGCUUUUGAUCGACUUUCUGUCUGACGAACAGGUCAUAACUCAUUCACAUUGUGUCUUUCAGUUUUUUGCCUAUUAUUCUCUAGGUGGAUCUGAGUUCUUACUGUUGUCUGCCAUGGCCUAUGACAGGUAUGUGUCUAUAUGUAAACCUCUGCAAUAUCCAAAUAUCAUGAGAAAAACAACAGUCAGUGUUUUGCUGCUUUUAGCUUGGCUUCUGCCUGCUCUUCAGGUUAUGCCGACAGUUGCAAUGAGCAAUGACUUACAAAUCUGCAGAUUUAAUUUGACAGGAAUCUUCUGUAAUAACGCAAUUUACAAGCUUUAUUGUGUGACCCCAAGAACACUGUCAAUAUAUGGUGUGUUUAAUCUCCUUAAUAUAGCACUUCUCCCCAUGCUUUUCAUAUUGUUUACAUACACAAGGAUUCUUAUCAUAUCCUAUCGAAGUGGCAGAGAUGUCAGGAAAAAAGCUGCACAGACCUGUUUCCCUCACCUGCUGGCUUUAAUUAGCACAUCAAGUUUGUGCUCUUACGAUGUAAUUAUAGCUCGGCUGCAGGUGUAUUUUCCCAGUACUGCACGUUUAAUAAUGACUUUACAGUUGAUCAUUUAUCAUCCUCUGUUUAAUCCACUGAUAUACGGUGUAAAAAUGAAAGAAAUCUCUAAACACCUAAAGAAGCUGUUGUGUGAAGGCAAACUGAAAGAAUAUGCUAAAACAGAAGUCAAUGAGUGUGUCUCUGAUGGAUGGACUUGCCCCUCCAAGAAGCUGGUACCUCGCUUUAUUGGGCCUUUUGAAAUUGAGGUGGUUAUCAAUCCCUGCAUCACCGAGCCAAGGCUGAGUUGCUCCUUGCCGGCUCACCCCACCUUUAAAGUCUCUCAGGUCAAACUCGUCCAAGAGAGCUCCUCGACCAAGACAUUCUUUACCGCCUCCUGCGCCACCUCGGACCCUGGAUAA